GUCUCUGCUCUGAUCUCCAAACUUUUUCUUUUCUUUUUUUUUUUUUAAUUCUUUCUCUGGUCCGCACGGUGAAUGAACGAGCCUCGUUAACAUAUUCAGACCAACGUCAUCCCUGUGAAGGUGGACCAUGCCGUGCAGCCUUUUCUAUAAAACCCCCCGCAGCCCGUUCACUGUGGAGGAAUAGUCACCGGUCUGGCAGAGAGGCGAGAAGGAAACUUUCCUCAAGAAUAAACGGAUAUUUCCCAGCACUGGAAGCAGGCCGUUUCGAGAUUUCACAGGGGGAGAGGAAGAAAAAGCCCGAGGGGGAGAAAAGAGCCGGACGGAGGAGAGGCUUUACGCGCCGCCACCGGGACAGAGUUUCAAACGGGACAGAAGCGCCUCUAAGUACAGACACAGGUGGAUGCUGGGAAGCGGACCAGCUCGGAGGAGAUGUUCCCCCUGGCUCAGUUCGGGGUGCUGUCGGCCCUGGCCACUGCGCUCACCUCAGUGCUGUCCGCGCUCUUGCUGCUGGCGCUGACCCGGCAGCUGUGGAGCCUCCGCUGGAGUCUGACCCGGGACAAAGAGAGCAGCCUGCCGCUGCCGAAGGGGUCCAUGGGCUGGCCGCUGGUCGGAGAGACUUUCCACUGGCUGUUCCAGGGUUCCAACUUUCACAUAUCGCGCAGAGAGCGUCACGGCAACGUGUUCAAGACCCACCUCCUUGGGAAGCCUGUCAUCCGUGUGACAGGUGCAGAAAACAUCCGCAAGAUCCUGCUGGGCGAGCACAGCCUGGUGUGCACCCAGUGGCCCCAGAGCACCCGCAUUAUCCUGGGACCCAACACCCUGGUCAACUCCAUUGGGGAUUUGCAUAAGAGGAAGAGAAAAAUCCUGGCCAAAGUGUUUAGCCGAGGGGCUCUAGAGUCCUACCUGCCCCGGCUGCAGGACGUUGUCAAGUCAGAAAUUGCUAAGUGGUGCUCGGCACCAGGCGCCAUCGAUGUUUACAGCGCUGCCAGGUCCCUGACAUUCCGUAUUGCCGUCAGGGUUCUGCUGGGUCUUCAGCUGGAAGAGGAGCGGAUAGUGUACCUCGCUCAGAUCUUUGAGCAGCUGAUGAACAACCUCUUCUCACUCCCCAUAGACGCUCCGCUCAGUGGCCUUCGCAAGGGAAUAAAAGCCAGAGAAAUCUUGCACGCCAACAUGGAGAAAAUCAUUGAGGAAAAGAUGGAGCGGCAGCAGGUGGAGGAAGAAUAUCACGAUGCCUUCGACUACAUGCUAUCCAGUGCCAAAGAGCAUGGCCAACAGCUCAGCAUCCAGGAGCUUAAGGAAACAGCAGUAGAGUUGAUUUUUGCUGCUCACUCCACCACAGCCAGUGCCUCCACAUCGCUGGUUCUGCAGCUUCUCCGUCACCCGGCCGUGGUUGAGAGGGCAAGAAUCGAGCUGGAGGCAGAGGGCCUUGGCUGCGAAUCCCACAGCAGUCACAGCCCAUCUGGUGUCACUAUGGAGAAAGAAGUGGAUGCUGCCAUCACAGAGACAACCUGCCUUUUAAAUGAAGGGUGUCAGGAUCACACUGACAAGGAUGGUUUCCCACAGUCCCAGUCUCAUAUACCAUAUCUGAACCUUGACAAGCUGAGCCAGCUCCGCUAUGUUGACUGUGUUGUCAAAGAAGUGCUCCGCUUCCUGCCACCAGUCUCUGGGGGCUACCGGACAGCCCUGCAGACAUUUGAAUUAGAUGGCUACCAGAUCCCCAAAGGCUGGAGUGUAAUGUACAGCAUCCGGGACACCCACGAGACUGCAGCAGUCUUCCAGAGUCCAGAGCUGUUUGACCCAGACCGAUUCGGUCCUGACCGGGAGGAGAGCAGGUCGGCUCGGUUCAGCUAUGUACCAUUUGGCGGCGGUGUGCGGAGCUGUGUAGGGAAAGAACUGGCACAGAUCAUCCUAAAGACUUUAGCUGUGGAGCUGGUCGGGACUUGCAAAUGGACUCUGGCCACAGAGAAUUUUCCCAAGAUGCAGACAGUGCCAAUAGUGCACCCUGUAAACGGGCUGCAUGUGCAUUUCACAUACAACUACCCUCUUUAGAUAUAAAUUCAGACUGACAGACUUUUCAAAAACACUUAUUCAUGAGGCAGUUUAACCUUCAAUCUGCCUCUGGAAAAACUCUCCAAACCCAAGAAAGGAGACACAACCACCUUGCUGGUACUGAUGGUGCAGUUCAUGCCCCUUUCAUUUCAAUGGAGAUGAAGACAGGGUUUACAUUGCUAGUUUGGAGCACUUCAUGAUCUUUUCAGUGGUCUGGUCCAAACCUAAGAAACCACUUUGCUGUAACAUAAGUACAUUUACCACCUGGUACAUUUGUGCAGCAUUUCUAUAUGCAAUUUUUAAGCAGUUUGCAUUUUUUAAUUAUUAAUGUAUCAAGUUGCAGUGCACAUCAGUGAGAAAAGUAAAUCUCUGUGCUUAUUUUCAAACAGAGGAUCUGGAUUUGCCCUGCCGAAGUGCCCACUGAAUGGACUGCAUGUACACUUCAAUUACAAGUUUCUAUUCAGAGCUUUCAAAUAGUGUUUUAGGGUCAGUAAAACUCACUCACCGUCAGCUAUUUAAUAUCUCUCUGUAGUCUGUAAAUGCAUCAGACGUACCGAAAACCUUAGAGCCACACAUCUUGAUAAAAAGAGAGAGUCUCUGACAAAGCUCCAAUUCCUAGGGUAAAUAUACCAUGCAAAACUGCCAGCAAGAGCUUGGGCAAUUCUGUUGUACUACACACUACAGAGUGAUUUAUAGAUGAUAAAAUCCACUCAGCAUUGAUGCCUUUAUCAUACUUCUCAGUACCAAGAGCUGUCUCUGUUCACUGUGCUGAGUAAGCAAGUCAUGAGUAUUUCACCUCACUUACAUUUACAAAAGAUUUACAGACAGCUUUUUUGAAAACAAAAUGCAACUGGUCAAAUUCUUCAGAGUUCAUGACAGAGAUAUCACCUCCAAUGACUGUGCAGAAGCAAUCUGAUUUUCCACUGAUGUAAUAUGAUUUAGGGACUUUUAAAACAAUUCUGUGUUCUUUUUUGCAUCUUAAGAUCAGAGCUUACCUUCUGAACUGCCUCUGAGCAAGGCAUGGUGGCCUGCCAGCUCCAUGUGACAGUUCUGAUCAGAACCUGACUAAGGCCAGAACCGCAGUGAAAGUAUAUGUAACGGGGGAAUAUUUUUGGACAUUUUUUUAUGACCCACAUUGGACACAAGAGACUGGACUCAUGUUUGGUUAUUUCAGUCAUGAUGUUUUAUAAUAAUCUCCACUGCAGAAACACUUUUACAGAUGGAACUUGCACUUGAUUUUGACACAGAAAUCCUACAACCAGGAACUGCCCUAAACAUCAAUGUCAAAAUACAUUCAAACUAUCCUAUUGUUUAAAUAUGAAUGUGAUAUAUAUCCUUAACAGUGCUAAUAUGUGUGUAUCAAAUGAAGUAGCAUUAUGAAUAAGCUGUAUUUAAAAUGCAGAUGUAUCUUUCUGUUGUACUUUUACUCUACCUGUAACAAUAUUUGCUGUAAGUAUAGAUAGAGACACUAACCUGUAAUGUAAAGGACUGUCCAUAACACCUUGUUUCACUGCUAGAACAUAGAAAACUUUAAUUGUUUAGAGCAGCAUAUAUUGAGAGUAAAGUUAUUAUUAUUGUUAUUAUUGGUCUAAUUCUAGGACUGUUUCUCUGUUGGUCUUGAAGCCUAAUAGACGCGCUGUGAAAUCUUAACCUAUGGAUGGAUUUGUGGAAGGAGAUAGCACUUUCUCCACUUUAAGGAGUCUGUAUAUAUUUGUCCUGUUUAUGCAUUCAUUGAGUCUAUCAGAUGUAGCUGCUGUACAGUUGAUGUAAAGAGUAAAUUAGAAGAUGGUGAAACAAAAGCAGCCUGUUGUUGCUCUCUGUUUGUCAUAUCGUGUUUCCAAAAAGGACAAUGUGUAUAAUUCCUAAUAUAGCUAAAAUGAUACUUUAUGUACAGAAAUUUCUAAGUAUUCAUAUAUGAUUAUAAAA